ACCAGCCGCGCCCAGCCUGUCGGCGGGACACACUCCGCGCGCGGAACCCCCUCUUGCGCCUGGCGCUGCCCGCCAGCCAUGGAGGACGCCGCCGACAUGGAUACGGGGGAGAAUGGCACUGCCAACUUCUCGUGCAACAGUGUAAUAGACAUGGAGCACUAUCUGCAUUACUCGCUUGUUCCGUCCGCCAUCAUCAUUCUAGUGCUGUCCUACCUCGAAAGGCGAUUGAGAAGAUGGGGCUUCAGCGGAAAACUGAGCAGUCUCUACGGAUGCUGCGGGGUCGUGAUACCCUUUGAUUUUGUUUCGAUGUUCAGCAAUCGAUGGCCAUUUGGUUUUGCAUUUGGAGCGACGGCUGACAAACUGAUGUUCCUGUUUACACAAGACUUCCCCCAACCGACAAUGCCUAACUGGGCUAGAGUCUUUUGGAUUAUGCUCAUCGCCAUUGAAGUGGGCUUCUCCUCGUAUCCUUUCUUUGCCUGCCUUUCAACGAAUUACCAGAGAACUGGAGCCAUCCUGGGAUGCCUUUAUUCACUGAGCUGGUUAAUAGUCAUGCUCAUAGAUGUUGGUCAGUGCCCUCAUGGAGACAAUAGUUUUUUACAGGAGUAUGAAAACUUAAUUCUGUUUUGGCCUUCACUCCUGUGCCAGUUUUUCCUGCUCGCCCGAUUUCUUCAAAUCAUUGUGAAAUCAUUCAAAAUCUGUAGUGGGCAGGCUAUUCUAAGCAGAUGGACCCCCAAUGGAUAUGAAAUCCGUGUGAACGAAGGUGAUCCUCAAACAGACUGUUCCCCAAAAGGCAGUGAGGAGGAGACCUCUUUCCUGGAGUGUCAUCAAGUUCAGCAUGUCCAACAACUGAUGAAGAAGCCGCCACCACAGCCGCCUGAGAAAUCCUGGAUUCAGCGGAAGUUGUAUGAAUGGGAUCCUUACUUUCGGUUCCCGAGCCGAAUGAUCAGCACAUCAGUGGUUGUCCUCAUCUGCCUUUACAUGUUUAUUAUGUAUGAGAUCAUUGCUUAUAAGUAUCUUUCAAGACUUACCGAACUCGUCCUGCUGGAGGGCUUAGCUGCCGCUUUCAACAUCUCAGAAGACCCAAACUCAUGGUUCAGUGAACUGCAAGAAUUUGUAAAGGUUUCUCAAGGUGCCUGGAUAGCCACCACCGUUACUUCCACUCUGACAUGUAUCACUUACGUGUUCCAUAUCUUGGCCUGCUACAGGAAACACAUAAAGCGGUUGCGGGUUGGCAAGAAGCAGUUCCUUAUGUCAGACAUUACAAGAGUUUCACAUUCUCUAAGCGUGGUAGCACUGGCAAGAUACUCUUCUUGGCAAAUUGCAUACACAGUAUGGGGGUAUUUCCUCAUGCAUUUGGUACAGUGGGUGGCUGUCAUGAUAUUAAUGUAUGUUGUGGUUCUACCCAUGAUCCAUGGUCAGUGGGCGGAACUGAUUGCGGAGUGGGGAACGGUGAUCCUCACUUUUGUCCUCGUCAUGCUGAUCAAGCGGCUUCAGCUUCUGAUGGCAGCCAGGUUCUUUCUUCAGCCCAGGAUUUCACCAGGAGACCAGCAAAAGCCACUGGCGCUUGAUAACAGAAAGACAUUCCAGAACUUCACCUACUUCUUGUUCUUUUACACUGUGGUGGUGGGCCUGGUUUCCUGUCUGAUGAGGCUGUUGCGCAGCGUUGCUUUGGGAGUCUGGCUAAUUGGGCGCAUAGACAGGCCGGUCAUGCCCAAAGGUUAUGAAGCCUGUGAUAUGGGGUUCAAGACGUGGGUUGGUAUGCUGCUCAUGGAUCACUACCACACAAAUCCCAGCCUCCUGUACUUCUGCCACAUCCUCAUUAUGAAAAAAAGAGCAAAAGAGCUACAGAGAGCUACAUACGUUCCCGGGAAUGAGCUGAGGGGAACAGCUUUUAGGGUGUCAGCCAGAGCCAGGACAAGAUGGCUGCUGCUGUACACGCUGCUGAACAAUCCCAGUCUCACGAAACUCAGGAAGCCAAAAUCAUGGCCUCAGUCUGUGCAUUUCCCUGCAAAAUUUUCUGUCUGAUGAGCUCUGCUGCUGAAAUGGUGCUGUAGAAGACCACAAAACAGACACUCUGACUGGCAAACUGAAUUGUGAUUGAAACAAGGCCUGCAGGGAACCUGACCUCUAUGCCACUAAGAGUGGGAAGAUUGGGAUGUCCAAGUGAUACCAGCAGAAGUUCCCAACCUUGUUGAGCCCAUGACUGAUUUUUGGAAGUUUGAGAAUAGGAGUCGAGCAUCGUGACAAAAUGGCUGCCAUUCGAUGGUACAGUGAACCACAAAAUGGCUACCAUGGAAGCUACGUCCAAUGACAGAAUGUUGGGAGAAAGCAUUUUCCUAUGAUGGAAGCACAUGUUUCCUGAAUGGGUGCACCCUGCAGACACGAAGGAGAUGUCUCCUGGACCUUCUGAAGCACAUUCUGCUCCAUGAGGUGGAGGAAAGCCAGGAAGUAGCUUUUUGCUUUAGGGAAUAGAUGGUUUGGGGGAAGAAUGCAACGGGUGCCAAGAAACAUAUUGAUGGAUGUCAUGGUGACCAAUGGACACCAUGCUGGUGAUCACUGAGUUCAGGGCUACUUGCUGACCUCUUGCUUAUAUUGUUUUCGAAACUGACGUCUUUAAAGGAGUGUGUGAAAUGAAAGUGGAAAGCAUUAAACAAAGCAGGGACAUUGAACGUGUCAGCAGUUUGCCAGCAACUCUGACAUGUUCAAAUACAUGGCACUCCUUUAAACUGAGUCAGGCUGUUGGUCGAUCAAAGUCAGUGUUGUCUAUGCAGACUGGCACCAGCUCUCUAGGGUUUCAGAUAGAGAUCUUUCUUAUAAUCUACUACCUGAUCAUUGAAAACUAGAGGUGCCAAGGACUGAACCUGGGAUGGUCGGCAUGCAAAGCGAAGCACGUGUUCUGUUAGCUGUUGCAAUAUCUCAGGAAAGAGAGAUUUGAAAGAUAUCUUUGCCAAAAAUCAACACUUGUGUCCAGUCUUUUCUCCCCCAGCAUCAGUGUUUCAUUCUGGCCUCUUUGUACCAUCUGGACUGGCAGUCCAAAUAUUAGACAGGGUCAUAAAAACUGGAAUUCAGGCAAGGGAGACAUUUGUAGCCUCCUGAUAACCUGUAACAAGGCAAGGUGAUUUGGGCAAGGUGAUCGAGAGAGCCGUGGCUGACCAACUGCAGGUUGCCUUGUGUAAUGCUCCUGCUCUGGGCCAUUUUCAGUCUGGUGCCAAAUUACAGGACAAGAGAUGGCACUGGUAGCUUUAAUUCAUGAUCUCUGUCUUUGUUCUUCCUAUGGGAUUUAUGUGCAAUUUUUGAUACAGUGGAUUAUGUCAUACUCUUGAGAUGUUUAGAGCCAUAUGGAGGUAUUGGGGGUUGUGCUUUGGAUUGGUUUAAAUCGUUUCUUAAGGGUUAGACUGAAAGGGUCACCAUUGGAGACCAGUUAUCAUCAGUAUGCGAUUUGUCCUAUGCAGUUCCACAGGGUGCAAUCUUAUCCUCCAUACUAUUCAAUAUCUAUGUAAAACAAUUAGGAGAAAUCAUUCAUAGUUUUGGAACUGGGUGUCAUCCAUAUGUUGAUGACACCCAGCUCUGUACAGAUGUCCUGAUCAGGCCCAUAGCCACAGCGGUGAAAAAGGGGGUGGUGCCCCAUCAAUCAUUUGUCAUGCCCCUCCAAUCAGCUUUACAGGUUGGUGUGAAU